AUGAUUUUGAGUUAUCAUGCACGAAAUAUAACUCUUCUAAAGAGAUUUAGAUCCAGUACUUCAACAAUUCUUCCGAAAGAAGCUUUGCCGUGUACAGCGUACAAACCAGAAGUUACUGAAAAAGAUAAAUAUAAACGAUGGGAGCAAUCGAAACUACAUCACGCUAAAUUAAAUGAUCAGCCACUAUUUAGUAUGGUUUUACCUCCGCCAAACGUAACUGGAAAGUUGCAUUUAGGACAUGCACUAUCAUGUACGAUACAAGAUGUUAUUGCUCGUAAGAAAAGGUCUCAAGGAUAUAAUGUUAUGUGGUUACCAGGGACUGAUCAUGCUGGCAUAGCAACACAGAGAGUUGUUGAGAAAUAUUUAAAGAAGCAAAAAAAUAUUGACCGUCACUCUAUGGGUAAAGAAGAGUUUACAAGAGAGGUAUGGAAAUGGAAAGAGAAACAUGGCAAUACAAUUUCUAAUCAGCUUAGAAUGCUUGGGUGUUCAUUAGACUGGUCUAGGGAAAUAUUCACAAUGGAUGAAAACCAUUCUCACGCUGUUACUACUGCUUUUCUAAAUCUAUUCCACAAAGGUUUAAUAUAUAGAAACAAAGGCCUUGUUAAUUGGUGUAAUGCACUGAAGUCAACAGUAUCUGACAUAGAAGUUGAAAAUGUUGGCUUAACUCAGGUGACUGAAAGAUUUUUGCCGGGAUAUGAUAAGCCAGUAAAAUUUGGUCUGCUUUAUAACUUUGCAUAUAAGAUUGUUGAUAGUACUGAAGAAAUUGUUGUUUGUACCACAAUGCCAGAGACAAUGCUAGGAGAUACGGCAGUGGCGGUGCAUCCUGAAGAUUCUAGAUACAAGCACCUUCAUGGUAAACUAAUUCAUCACCCCUUUAGAGAUAAACCAAUUCCAAUAAUUUUAAAUAGUUUUGUAGAUAUGUCUUUUGGGACUGGAGCAGUUAAAAUUACUCCUGCUCAUAGUAAAGUUGAUUUUGAGAUAGCAAAACAAAAUAAUUUACCUCUUUUACAAGUAAUUAAUGAAAAUGGUUGUAUGGAAAAUGCAGGAAAAUUUAAUGGCUUGAAGAAAUAUGAUUGUAGAGAAAUUCUUGUGGAACAUCUUAAAGAUUUAGGGCUUCUUAAAUCAGUGACUACUCAUCAAAUGUCAUUACCUAUUUGUAGCCGUACAGGUGAUGUUAUUGAAUAUUUGCCAAAGGAACAAUGGUUUUUAUCUUGUGCAUUAUUGAAUGAAAGAGCAGCCCAAGUAGCUGAAGAAGGUCACUUAAAGAUUGAACCAGAUCAUUUUACUAAACAAUGGCAAUAUUGGACAAAUGACUGUAGAGAUUGGUGUAUAUCUAGACAACUAUGGUGGGGACAUCAGAUACCAGCUUAUAAAUGUAGUAUAGACAAAAACUUUGUUUGGAUAGCUGCAACCAAUGAAACAACUGCUAGGGUUGAAGCAUCAAAAUUCCUUAGAUCUGUGCCAGAAAAUAUAACAGUUGAACAAGACUCUGAUGUUCUGGAUACUUGGUUUUCUUCUGGCAUCUAUCCAUUUUCAUCCUUAGGAUGGCCAGAAACAAAGAGUCAGGAUUAUAAAAAAUUCUACCCUUUACAACAGUUGGUGACCGGUCAUGAUAUUCUGGGUUUUUGGGUACAUAGAAUGGUGAUGUUAGGCUUAGAAUUAACUGAUGAAUUACCAUUUAAAAAUGUACUACUACAUGGAAUAAUUUGUGACAGUAAAGGUGCCAAAAUGUCCAAAAGUAAAGGAAAUGUUAUAAAUCCAAUUGAUGUUAUCAGUGGAAUAUCAAUGGAUGGUUUAAAAGAUAACUCAGUUGAAAUGUUUAAAGAAGGCAUACUUAAUAAAGAUGAAUUAAACAAAGCUCUGGCUUAUCAUAAAGCAAAUUUUUCUAGUACUAAUGGUAUUCCUGAAUGUGGUGUUGAUGCGCUACGAUUUACGUUGAUGUCUCAAGAUGUGAAAUCACAUUUUGUCAACUUUGAUGUCCAUCAAUGUAAUGCAAACAAAUUAUUCUGCAACAAAAUCUGGCAGAGUGUUAAAUAUACACAGUUAUCCUUUGCAAAGCUGAAAAAAAUAAAUUUAGACUUACAACAAGAAGAUUUAACAUAUUUUGAUCAGUGGAUUUUGAGUAAAUUGUCAGAAAUGGUGGACAGAGUAAAUGUUGCUAUGGAAAAAUAUGAAUUCCAUAUAGCCACAAAGGCAUUGAAAACAUUUAUUUACCAUGAAUUUUGCGAUAUCUACUUAGAAGCCACUAAACCUGGUUUUGAUGAUAUUAAUGCAAAACUCGCGUUUGCCCACGCACACACAUUAUCAGCAGUAUUAAAUACGUCUUUAAGAUCGUUAUCGCCGUUUAUGAUUUAUUUAACUGACGAGAUUAUUCCAAAAAUACCUGCGUUUGAAAAGAAUAUAAUUGUUAAUUUCAAUGACAUAAACAAUGACUUUUUUGAACUUCCAGAAAGUAGUACAUUUAAAUGUUUCAGAAACACAUAUUUAGAAAAUCGUGUGGAAAUAUUUCUAAAAACAAUAUUUUUAGUAAGAGAAAUCAAAGGAUUCUACGGCAUUUCAAAUAAGGAAAGGCCAUCGGUAGUUAUUAAAACAAGGGAUGUUACAUUAAAAGAUGAUUUUCAAAGCAAUUUAUUGGUAGCAUUGAAUUUAACUAGGUGUAGUGAAAUAAGCUUUGAUGAAUUGAAAAACAAAAAGUAUGUUCAUUCAAUAUUAAAUGAGACAACAGAUAUUUUUGUAGAAAUACCAGGAGAACAUGCAGAUAGCAUAAUAUUAGAAGCUAAAACAAAGUUGCAAAAGAAAAUUAAGAAGAUAGAGGAAAAUUUAGUAAAACUAGAAACAAAAUUAGCAAGUAAUCAUUAUAUAAAUAAAGUCCCCAAUAGGAUUCAGAUUGAAGAUAAUAAAAAACUUGAGAUGAAGAAACAGGAACUAAGAAGAUUACAAAGACUGAUUUAG